AGGAAUUUUAGAAGACGAGCUGGUGGAAACGAAAGGAAAAAGUGGAUGCUGUAGAAGACAAAGGUAAUGAUGAACUAAUGAUGAAAAAAUAGAAUGAGCACGACUUUAUCAUGUAUGAUAUGGUUUUUGAUAUUCAUUACCCGAAGUUCACUGACUAAUGGUUAUAUUGAGUUGAUAUUAGACGGUAACGAUGGGAAUGAGGCGACAGAUUACCUCGAUUUCAGCAUCACAACCAACCGACUUCAAUUACAAUUGACCCAACUAGAUGACAACGCAGACCUAGAAUUUUCUGUAGAAGCCGGUGUUUUUGAACGAGAUAGCCAAAGCUCACAGAUUGCAUUGCUUACCUAUAAAUGGAACACACAUUCGGGUCGAAACAAUAUUUUAUCAUUGUAUGAUACUAGUGAAUUUGAGCAAUGCGACGAGACCAAAACAGAAAUGCUUAAAUCAAUCCCCUCAAAAGUAACUGUAGAUUUGAAUACAGACUACUUGGUCGAAAUCAAAGGAGGGGAGCAGGGUACAUUUUCAAGUCUAAGCACUGUACCAUGUCCGGCUGUAUGGACAAGCUUCACAAGCAAUCGUGCUAAAGUCACGAAAAUGAAACUAAAAUUGGUGGAUGAUGAUGAUGGCUACACAUUAGAGAACAUCUACACAGUAGAAUACAGGAUUAUCACUGCGUGUAAUCCCGGGCAGUAUUUGGAUGCUAGAGAAGGUAGUUGUACGGACUGUGAAACUGAUCAUUAUGGUGCUGGAGUCUGGCUUGAAUCGUGUACUAAAUGCCCUGAAGCUAAAGGGGUGGAAGCUGGAAAGGGAACAAAAGAAAGUGACUGCACUUGGAAACCAUGUGAAGCGGGUCAGCGUCUAAAUCAAGCCAUCGGUUGUGAGGACUGUCCAGCAGAUCACUGGAGUGCAUCAGGAAACACAGCUGCUUCCUGCACUGUCUGUACAUCGGGAAAAGAAGUGGGUGCUGGACUGGGAAAAGGAGCUGGUGACUGCAACUGGAAGGACUGUAGUAGCGGGCAAUAUCUGGACCAAGCGACCGGUUGUAAGAAUUGUCUAGCAGAUCACUGGAGUGUAGGAGGGCAGGUUGCACAGUGUACACAAUGUCCAGCUGAAAAAGGAGUUUCUGCUGGAGCUGGAACGAGCGAGGCUGACUGCACUUGGAAACCAUGUGAAGCGGGUCAGCAUCUAGAUCAAACCAACGGUUGUGAGAACUGUCCACCAGAUCACUGGAGUGCCGCUGGAAACGAGGCUACGACCUGCACUGCUUGUGCAGCGGAAAAAGGAGUGGGCGCCGGACUAGGAAAACAAGCUGGUGACUGCACAUGGAAGGACUGUAGUGGCGGCCAAUAUCUGGACCAAGCGACCGGUUGUAAGAAUUGUCUAGCAGAUCACUGGAGUGCAGGAGGGCAGGUUGCACAGUGUACACAAUGUCCAUCUAAUAAAGGAGUUGCUGCUGGAGCUGGAGCGAGCGAGGCUGAUUGCACUUGGAAACCAUGUGAAGCGGGUCAGCGUCUAAAUCAAGCCAUCGGUUGUGAGAACUGUCCAGCAGAUCACUGGAGUGGUCCAGGAAACACAGCUGCUUCCUGCACUGUCUGUACAGCGGGAAAAGAAGUAGGUGCUGGUUUUGGAAAAGAAGCUGGUGACUGCAACUGGAAGCCGUGUACAAAUGGAGGACAGUACCUUGACCAAGCCACUGGUUGCCAGCUUUGUGGCGCCGAUACCUGGGGUUCCCCGGGCUCUACUAGUGCCACUUGUACGCCGUGUCCUACAGACAAAGGAGUGGCAGCUGGGGCUGGAUCUAGUGAGGAUGAUUGCACAUGGAAGGGCUGCGCUGGUGGUCAGUAUCUAGAACAAUCUUCUGGGUGCCAAAACUGUUUGGCGGAUCAUUGGAGUCCGGUCGGGUCAAAGAGUCCCACUUGUUCAAAUUGUCCGGCAGACAAAGAGGUGGCAGCUGGACAGGGGAAACUAGAAAGUGACUGCACUUGGAAGGCCUGUGCCGGUGGUCAGUAUCUAAAUCAGGAAAACGGCUGCACCAAUUGUGAAGCAGGGGAAUUCAGUGCUGGGGGAACAGCAGAUUCUUGUACAAAAUGUGAGGCAGACACUUACAGUGAAGCGGGUGCGACUAAGUGCACUGCAUGUCCUUCUGGUAAAGUAGUAGCUUCCGGAGGAGGAAAACAAGAAAGUGAUUGCACCUUCAAAUCUUGUCUUGGGGGUUAUUAUGUGGAUGCUACAAAAGGUUGCUUACCUUGUGAAGCAGGGGAGUUCAGUGCUGGAGGAACAGCUGAUUCUUGUACAAAAUGUGAAGCGGAUACAUACAGUGCUGAUAAAGCCACUAAGUGUACCGAUUGUCCUUCUGGCAAGGGAGUAGCUUCUGGAGAUGGCAAAGAAGAGGUUGACUGCAAAUGGAAGCCGUGCGCCGGAGGACACUACCUUGACCAGGAUAAGGGAUGUCUGACUUGCAAGGCAGGAGAAUACAGUGUCGGAGGAACAGCAGCCUCCUGCUCUACAUGUCUGAAGAACCAGUACAGUGCAGUGGGAGCUUCUCAGUGCACUGAUUGUCCUGCUGGUACUGGGGGUGUAGCAGCUGGAACGGGAACUGAGGAGGCCCAAUGCAAAGAGAUAGUUUGGAAGAUGACAGGAGCAGCUCUGAUCCAGGCAGUAGCUGGAACUGAACCCCAGAUUGUUAGUGGCAGUCAGGGUGUUCUAGUUGUCACCACAGCAAAUGAGGUGGAAAUGGAGACUGCUAAUGUCACUUUCUGUAACAGUGGUUACGAUAACACAACUGCAAAUAUGAUUUGUCAAUUACUCGGAUUUGGAGAUGGAACAUUUGGUAGCAGUCCACAAAACUUUAAAUAUGUUCCAGAGUCAUUACUAUCGAGUAUGAGCAUGCCAAGACUAGCAGGUGAUGACUGUGCUGGGAACUUACUGGCCAUAUCUGCUGAGUGUGUUGGUAAAAUGAUGGCUACGUCAUGCGAGCAAGAUGAAGUUGUUUGGAUAAAAUGCGCAGAAGUCAUAGAUGACCGCGACGACAGUUCCUCAACGAAGAUAUCAGCGGCUGUCACUUUAGUUAUUGUUAAUAUUGGUUUUGCUUUGUUUUGGUAGAGAUUUAAAAACGCUGGGAUUAUAUUUUAAAACAUUUCAGAGAUCACAGCAUGUUCAAUUGAUUUAUAAGUUUAUAUUUAUUAUCUUAACAAAUUGUAAUUAUUAAAAAGCAAUUAGUGAAUAAGAUUAGUACAGUGAGCUCAGCAGCUUGCGGUAAUUUAUUUUAUAGAUUAAACUCAUGUUUAUAAAUUCAGUAUAGGAUAAACGAUGUCAUUUUGUAACGCUUUUGCUAAUAACCAUCUUAUAGAGAAGUCUAAAAAAUAAAUUAUAGAUUGAAAUAAUUUUAAAUAUUUUAAAUAUCUUAAAUAAGUAGGACAGUUAUUCGUUUGUUUUUGUUUUACAUUUUGGUGAAAUAGUUAUUACUUUACGAGUAUUUGUUUGUGGCUGCCGAUGUGGUGGUCGCACCUUAAUUAUACAAGUUUUGAAGGAAUGUUGCUGUUAUUGUUUUGACUAUUAAACUUUUGUAGAA